AUGCGAGGCACGCCGCGAGUAUCUGCCAUCCCCGCAUCUCAGAACACCGCGCCCGUUGCUGAGUUCCGCUGCUUGUUCACCCACGAUACACGCAAGAAGCAAAAGAAAUGGCAAGAUGGCUACCUCAAGUUCCACUCUUUCAACAGCCGCGUUAUCGUGUAUGACGCGUCGCGGUUCACUGUUGGAGACACGUACUACAAAGACAGUAAUGAGCUGCAGGAAGGCGAUGAACUCAUGCUGGAUAAAGGCGUCAUGGUCGAGGUAGCUGAGCCCAUUGGAGUUACGCAGACAGACCUCACGCCUCUAUUCGAGCGCAAAACGAAGGAAUCGCCACAGCGCGACAAUGCCGCACGUUUUCAGAGGCCGCUGCCCCGACCGACUAUCCCCGCAAGCAACCCUCUUCGAGCGGCGUCGCAGCUCCGGCACAAGUCGCUCAACGCCUUAUUAGGAACACCAAGAGGGCCGAUGGGCAAGGCUGCUCCAAUCAGGUCGCCUUUUGAAGAGAGGAUGGAGAAGGAGAACCAAAAUUUCGAGGAAAGAGCGGCCAAGAGGCAGAAGACGGCACAUACGGUACAAGCCCAACAGGUACCCAGCCGCGUUGCACCAAUAGAGACUGCGCCGAAGAAGGCUCCUUCUCUUUCUGCUAGGCCACCGCAUACCAACAGCCCUGGGAUCAAUCCACGACCACAGGUAGUCCCACCCGGCGCGACGAUUAUCAGCUUGAGCUCCCAACCUGAGGCAGACAACAUUCCGUCCGAUGUCACAUUGCCCCACACACCUUCUAGAUCGGAUCCAGUGGCUCUCCCACCGAUUACUGCCUUUGUACCGGCUCGGAAGGGGCCAUCGCCACAGCAGAAAGCUGCCCGUUUGACCCCGAAGCUGCCCAAGGGCAAGGUACCAGUACCCCACGUCAAGGCCCAGCAGACACCCCGACCAGAUCGAGUACCUUCUUCGCCGCCGGUCAGCGCGGCUAAUCGCAUUGCAAAUGUCGACUUUGCCAUCCAACCUGCGUCAGAUUCCAUGAGGGAAUCGUCUCCAGUUCCAUCACCCCCUCAACCUUUGCAGGUUAUUGAAAAAAGGAAGACAAAGUCACUCAAGUUGUCGACAGGAGCGAAGCGAGGGAUGUUGUUGUGCCAGUCCGCGCCGACAAGGAGGCGAAUAAGUCCGAACGAACCGAAAGGUCCUCACAGGGACAGAAUUGUUGUGCAAGGUGCGACGGUAAAAGCUGGCCGUCCUGGGAGAGAUGUCAGUACCACCUUAGGACCAUCCUUAGAGACAGGAGAGUCUGCGAGGAGACCUGAAUCAGCGCCCGUGGACAUUUUGGAUGACCUGGAGUUGGCGCAUGGAUUCAUGGACCAGCAAUUGUUGGUGUCUCCGUCGCCGCCUAAUCUUCACCACAGCCCGACAGCGUCGAAGUCUCCUAUAAUACCCAAGCCUUCAACUACGAAACAACCACCAACGAAAAAAUCUUCCAAGAGCGCCAAAAGAGCAAGCGAACCAUCUGCUGAAGAUCCUGUACCUAAGCUAAAGAGACCCAAAGCCACGCAGGCGAAAGAGGAUGCAGCUAAGCCUCCUGUGAGAAAGAAAAAGGUCGAGAAACCAAAUCCGCCUGUUAACUCACGCUCGCCUUCUCCUGCACCGCUACCACAUGCGUCGGAAGCGACCUCGCGAGAUGGUUCCAUUGUGCCCUCUAACCGAGCAAUUGACCGACCACGAAAUGCUUCCACUUCGGCAUCAUCCAGUAGACUAGCGGCUUUGUCAACUGGUGGCUUCAACAAGAAGCGCAAGGGAGCCUCAGCAUGCUCAACAGCUUCCGAGGACCUAGCCCCACCUCCACCCCAACGAUCCACAACCGUAACUCUUCCUCCUCAUCCUCUUCGAUCCACUAAAAACGGUCCAUUGAUGAGCACAACCGAGCUUUCAGCACUUCUCCAAAGCGGCCCUAAAUCCAUGCCUCUCGAAGACGACCCGAUCGAGGACAGUACCCAGGGAGACACCAACAUCUCGCCUUCCAAACGUUCCUCUGGCUUCAAACGCUCCCGCAGUGAGAACGACGCACCCAUCCCAUCCACCAGCGAGGAAUGGGAGCAGCGGAACAUGCCCAAACAUCAGGGCACGAGCAAACCCGCACCCGCAUCUGGCAGCGGUAACACAAAGCCGAAAGCAGGCGGUCUCGCAGCGCUGGUCCAGCGAACGGACCCGCGGCGCAAGUUUCAGCGCGCGCAGAGUCUGAGCGUGGAUGCUGGGAAGGCAAACGAGAGUGCUGAGGCGCCGGAGAUAAAGACGCCGCCAGUCGAUAAUGAUGUUGGACCUUGGAGUAGCGAAGCUUUUGACCUUUUUGAUUGGCGACCACCUGGGAAGGAGUGGAGGGCUGACGGGCCGAAGAUGAGGUUGGUCGAUAUUGAUGAGGAGGAGGACAGAGGAGUUGGGCUGCUCGUUGAUGGACGGUAG